ACGAAGACUUUGCAUGUAUUGCUGCGCCUUCAAGCAAAAAAUCCAGAACGCAGCUCAAGGAUCCAAAGAAGGAGAAAAAAGAGAAGAAAAAAAAGCCACACAAAGAAUUGGCUCCAUCACAAAGGCAAACACCUAGUAAAAGGAUAUCCUUGGAUGACAAACUUUAUCAAAGAGAUUUGGAAGUUGCCUUAGCCUUAUCCGUCAAAGAAAAAUCUGCAAAUAUCCUUGAGAUGCAUGAUUCAGACAAACAAGGUGAGAAUAUUGAAUCGGAAAAUGUACCUAGGAGACCUCUUUUUUCCAACUGCAGUGUAGACAGUGAACUUUUAGGUCUCAAUCAGGUUAUGGAUGAUGACGUACAGAGGGGUGAUGUUCGGCAAAGGACAGCAGCAUCUAAAGUUCCAGCACACCAGAAGAAGUUACUGACCGUUGACAGUGAUGACGGAGAGCCUGCUACUGACUCUGAGCCAGAGUCUGUACCCAGUGAGGAGUCAGAAGAAGAUUCAGAUUAUAGUGAAGAUGAUGUUGAAGACUUUGCUAUUGAAAGGAAGAAAACCAAAGGAAACGAAAAGAAGAAAGGCAAAGGAAAUAAAAAGAAAAGCAAACAAAAGAUGCUAGCAGAAAGAGAGAAGAUGACUCCCAAAUCCAAGAUUGAUGCUACAGUAUCACCUGUAGUUUCUCCUUCAUGGAUAAUGGAACAAAAAUCUGAGCCGACGCAAAAGAAGGUGUCCAGUUCUUCACAACCAGUUGGGAGGCCUUUACAUACAUCAAGUCCUGUAACAGACAAGAAGCCGAAAUGGAUACCACCAGCUGCAUCAGGAAGCAGUAAUAACUCUAUGAAAUAUGUUUCGGUUAAGUCGCCUACUCAGUGUCUCAGACUCGGCCUCUCCAGACUAGCAAGAGUCAAACCACUGCAUCCCAGUGCUACCAGCAGUUAA